AUGUCAUCAUCACAACCAAAAUCUGCAAAAUUUAAAAAAUUCACAAUCGCGAAUCCACGAUUCCAUUACUUAAAGAUUCAAAUAAAUUUUGAUACACCAAUAACAACAACAAAUAUCGUAAUUACAUCAUUAACACUUCGUUCCUUAAUUACAAAAGCGUUAGCUGAUGCUUUUGGAAUAAUCGGAUCUGGUAUUCAUGUUGAUAUAUUUGAUUUAACAACGUUGUGGAAUGCUUUGACUUUAUUCAGCGCAACAUUAAACACUAGUAAUAAUGCUAUCUUAGAAAGAAGUGAAGAAAGUAAAGGCAGCGAAGGACAUUAUUAUAAGGAUAUAAGCUUCGGAGUGAUUGGUAGUUCAUCAUAUUUAAUGGGUUUGUCUGGUGAUAGCAGAAGAUGGACUAAAUCUUUUUUGUUAAAGCAAAAUAACAAAAUGAUGUAUUAA